AUGCGCAGCUUACGAGUAUUGGAAUAUCAAAAUGCCACAUUAUUUUCUAAAAUUGAUCAUGAAAUUUUAACAGAAUUUAUCAUUGAUGAUUCCUCGACAGUGCUUAGUAGCUUGACCAUUGAUGGUAUAUGUUUAUCGAUUGAUAGUGGAAUUUUUCAAAUAUGUCACACAUUGAAACGUUUAACAUUAUCGGUUGAAUAUCAACAUCAUUUAUUUAUUUUAUUAGAAUAUCUACCCGAAUUAGAAUACUUGAGUAUCGGCAUCAGAGAAGGUAAAGCAGGUAAAUACGAUUACAAUUAUUCAAAAACAAAGACUCUUCAAUUAAAACUACGACAACUUAUCAUAUCUGCCAAUGAUAUUGAUUUCAAUGACUUGAAUCUUCUUCUUCGACAAUGUCAAUCGACAUUAGAAAUAUUAAAAUUGCGUUUGAAAAUUGAUUAUAUCAUUGAUGGACGAAUGUUAGAACCAUUGAAACGACCAUUGAAACAAUUUUAUUUUUAUUUUUUCUGUCAUUCGCUUGCUGAUCCGUCUGUUAAUACAGAUGAUUUGUUGUCAUCGUUUCAAACAUCUUCCUGGUUACAAGAUCAGUCUGUAAUGUUUUUUAAAAAUUCAUUUUAUCAAACUUAUACAAUCGUUUCACCACCAUAUAAUUGUCACAAUUUUAAUUGUUCAUUAACAAAUGAAUUUUUAAAUUAUCGAUUAAAUAAUCGACAUGAAGACAUGAAAAUGCCACGAAUCAAACGAAUAUUUCUAAAUGAUAAACAACAACCUAUGUAUACUAUUCGAUUUUUUACAAUGUUGCAGUCUAUCUUUAUCAAUCUUCAAAUAUUAGAAAUUGGCUCUAGUUUUCAUCUCAUGGAAAAUGAUGAUAAUAAUAAUUAUUCUUGUAAAACCGACACAAAAUUAACUACUGUUCAUACUUUGAUUAUAGUAAAUAAUCAAGAUCAUCUUAAUGUUAAACGUUUAUUUCGAUUAUUGCCGAAUCUAUACCGUCUUGUUAUUGACUAUGAUCUGUUAGUGGCUAGUAUAUAUGAUUUACAUUCGGUUGAGAGGCAAAAGAAGUGUCAGUAUCAACAAUUACAAGAAAUAUUAAUUCAUUUCCAACCGAAUCAACAUAUCGAACUGGAUGAUGAUUUUAAAAAUAGAGUAAAACUUGUAUAUGGUGAAGCUAAAAUAUUGUCAUAG